UGGCGCCGUCUGACCUGUCAAAUCUGUUUACAAACCCACAAUUAUUCCAUGUUUUUGUAUGUUUACUGACAGCACGCGAAACUUCCAUGCAAAUAUUUAGAGCAUGCUACAUCAAAAUUACAAAUACUACACGAUUUGUUCAUCUUUCACAUCAUUGCUAAUUUACCCAAGAAUUCGCUAAGUAAACGAAUGCGUGAACUCAGUGCGCGUAACGCAGCGGUAAAAAAAUAAAUCAAUAGAUUAUAACAUGCGCCGCACGGUGGCUUGACAUCAGUUCAGCCAAACGAUGUUUGCAAUUCUCAGGCAAUGCUUUACUGAGUAAACAAUACAAAUGUUUAAUAGAACUAAGCAAUGUAACCUUUCACACAAAAUGAUGAUUCGCCUAAACAAUUUUUUGUACGUUUUCAAUUUGCGUCAAGGCACAAUCCUUAUUGCCGUCCAUCAAAUCGCACUUUCAUCGUUCAUAUUGAUAAUAUUGUUAGUUGGUAUAUCUCAUGUGGGGGAGAUGUUAUCAAUGCUGCACAAUGACAUGGAGGAUGACGCGGAGAGGCGCGGCUUCUACGAGGUGUACGGGGAGCAGCUGUCAUUCCACGAGGGUGACGUGAUAAGUACCAACAACCAGCGUAGAUUCGCUAAGGCACAACAUCUAGCUUCAGUGACGGUAAUAUUCCUCUACACAAGCACGAUCCUCACGUCAAUCUAUCUGAUGUGCUGCAUCUCUCUGCUGCACGGAGCCGUGAAGUAUAAACGUGAAUAUGUGCUGCCGUGGAUUCUGGCUGCGUGUGUCGGCGUCGUCCUGCUUAUCAUAGCUAUCGUGGUCGGGGACGGUUACCCGUGUGUCGUCAAUCUCUUCGGCGGGCACAAUCUCUACCACUUCGGGUGUGCAUUAUUCGUGCUGACAUUCAUCUACGCAAUCUGCGCGGUAAGCAGCUUCGCUCUAGAGACGGGCGGCGGGCGCUGCGCCCGUGCCGUCAGCAACGACGAGCGCGGCGAGCGGCUGCUGCUGCUCGACCACGCCGCGCACUCCAGCCUGCUCUCCGCCGGGCAACUCGCUAAACUAUCGCAUGGCACGCGCUCGCAAUUUGUCUAAACCCCACUCGCAUAUAGGCGCAGUUAUGGACGCAAGGGCGAUCAAUAAAUACGAAAAAAAAACCGGCUGCCCCCAGAUAAUGCUCGCAUACGAUUCGCGCCAAAAUGAUUCACAUUUUUGAACAUGAAGCGAGCGCGCGUUUCUAGGAUUACGAACUUGGAGAAGAGAAUCUCACUGGAACUAUCAUAGAUCUAGACAGUGGAGGUAUAGAGAUAGGAGCAAGGAUAUACCUACUAUUUUAGUUUCCACUAGCCGUGAGGACCGAAGGUCGGCAACAGGCUUCGAUUAGACGUAAUGCAACUGUUCGCAACGCACACUGAUGCGAGUACCGUAUUACUGUAUACCGCUUUUUUUAAACUUUGCUGUCCCUAAAGGACGGAAUUAACGAGCUUUCAAAUGUUACCUGGUUUUGCCUGUGUAAGCUAAGACUACUACUCUCGUGUUCACGAUGUAACUCCGUUUUGGCUGCCAUACCUAUUUAGGGUCGCGCGCUCUUAGGGCACUCUUUAGUGCUGUUUAUAAGGGAUGUCGUGUCAGAAACAGAAGUGGAAGGAACGAAUUAGAUUUGGAUCGGAUCAGAUAUAAUAUACUACACCGAUAAGAGCGUGCCUCUAAAGUUAAAAUAUAAAAAAAAAAAAUU